AUGCGCCGACUUGCAAUUGACUUUGUAGACAGGUUCAAAGCAGUCAAAUUCUCCUGUCUCUAUCCGCCAUCCCGUUUAUACUUUCGAGCGAACCUUCGCUGCUUCUCAACUUCGCGAUUUGCGCAACCGGCCUACCUUAACCAGUCGUUCCAAGUUGCAGUUGGAAACAAUGGACAUGUAUCCCUGAAUGUAACCUACCCCUCUAUAGCGCCUACCCAUGGCCAACCAAAUGUGAUCAUCCGACUACCGCCGGGCCCGUUGUUUCAGCGAGAGGCAGAACAUGGCAUGAAAUUGCCCACGGCUGAUCGAACACAUGGUAGUUCUUUGGAUUCAGGAAGCCAAGAUGAUUCUUGCUCAGAAGCUCUGGCGUCUGUCACCUCCUCUACGGUCGUAACGAUCAAUUACCGUCUAGGGGCAACCCCAUCGACAGACCUCGCAUCGGACUCGGCGCUAUCCCAACACGAAGAAGAGAGGCGUCUCUCUGCGGUCAAGAAGCAAGUCUUCCAUCGGUACCCUACACCCGUCCACGAUACCCUGGCCGGAUUCGAUUGGGUCCAACAGAACCUCCAACCCGCGCGCCUAGGUGUUAUCGGCACACACAUCGGUGGCUCGCUGGCGCUCAUGCUAGCCCUCACCGAAGCGCAAUCGGUUCAUGCCGUCGCGGCCCUAGAACCUAUCUGCGAUUGGGCCGGUUUGGAUGAGCACUGUCUUAUGGAAGAGCAACCGGCUCACGAGGGAAGUACUGCCACCAAGAGAACACGGGGAGCCGGAAGCCGAGUCCCCGCUGCGCAGGAUCUCGUCCCGCUCCUUGAAGCUCGGGAGAAAUUCUUUGCCUCGCCGGAGCGCUACUUUGAUGCUUUUGCGUCGCCUGUCCUGUUCCUCCGGUCGGCAGGUAAGGAUGUCCCGAGGACGUUCCCGAAGUACCACACUGGACCGGACUUCCCCGUUCCUGUGCUUGUGUCCAGUAAGCCGGACAGGCAACCGAUUGGUGUCUGGGAUCCCGAUACGCAGGAUCAGGCAAUCCACCAGCAGGUUGAUAUCUACGACUCGGAGACAGAUCUACUCUCCGAUCCAGACUCAAACUCGAAAUCCAGAAUUGACCCCACCAAUGCCAGCAUCGCCUUUCAGGGCCGCGCCAUCCGCCGGCGAAAAGCCCUCUCGCGUUGGCCCCCAUACGGUCUAGACUAUGGUUCGAGCGUCUCCCCUCGCUACCACAUUUACAAUCAAGGGAUCAAACGGCUCGAAAUGGCCCUCCCGAACAUUCGUCUCUUUAUCCGCGCCCAUGAAAACGAAAACGAACAGCCUGACCCUGUCCCUGCGUCAGGCGGAGAUGGGAAACGGCAGGGCCCCCGACACCCGAGAAAGCCACCGCGACGCUCAGUCCUGGCGCAACAGGCGGAUGAGAUGGUUGACGUCAUGCGCAGGGCGUGUUUCUGGGGCCGGGAAAAGGGUUAUGGGGAGAGCAGGGUCACGCUUGCCCAGGUGCCUCCUGGCUCUGGCGAGGAAGACGCGGGGAGAUGGCUGGGUGAGACGAUGCUUUCAAACGAUUCAGAUGCAAAUAGUUGA